AUGGCCACAUUUGGCCACAUACCAUCGGCCCGUCGGCGUACGGACGGGAGCUACUCGCUGCUCCAAACAGUCGUGGAAGCGUGCCAAAAGAAGCGCCACUGCAAGUUUCUCGCAUCGCCGAAAACCUUCGGCGGCGAUCCGUGCCCGGGCCAGCGGAAGUUCGUCGAGGUGGCCUACAAGUGCCGACCGUACGAGUUCCGGAGCAAAAUCGCUUGCGAAAACGAUGUAAUUCAAUUAAUUUGCAACCCAUACUCCCGGAUAGCAAUCUACAGUGCGAACUACGGUCGAACCGAGUACGAAAGUCUUCAGUGCGCGCAACCGCAGGGCGUAAAGGAAGAAAUGCCUAGGAAGGUGCUGAAGGACCGCUUCGAGGCUGCUCCCGAACCAGACGAACCACUGCAAAGUGACCUCGAACAGGAUCAGGACGAGCUGUACGAUGAGGAUCAGUUUUUCCGCGAAUCGGACGCUGCACCACCUGGUCCAGCGCCGAAACUGCAGGGUGGGCCCACAAAUGGUCGAGUGUCGGAUGUGCCCGUGUACGUUGGCACAUCGAGCAGCACCCCGGCGGUGCCACCGCGCUCCAUCCACGACAUUAUGGACGAUAGUGACUUUUCGUUCGGUGAAAAUCAAGAGAAAUUCUACCUAUACCUUAUCGUGGCCGUGACGGUCGCCAUCCUGCUCUGCGUGUCGAUCGUGAUCGGUCGGUUGGUGGUGCAGCGACGGCGAACGGCCAAGGACGGUGACGAUAAAUUCCAAACUUCCAACACCGGCGAAACAACGCUGCCGAACGGCUUCACCGACGAUAUAUCGGAAAUCGAUGCGGAUAUCGAUCUGCAGACGCCGCUCCCGGUGCCGAGCGUUUCGCGUAGCGAUAGCUACGGCCCGUACACACCGUCCCCGGGACCGUACGGCAAUCUGGGGCCGUCGAACAUUUCGCACACCUCCACCACGAUGCUGGUGCCGCCGUGUUCGAUGGGUGCCAUCAUGAGCACGUCCCAGCCGCCCGGGUAUCUGAGCGGUCCGAUCAACAUCAUGCCAUCGCAGUUGGGUUCGAGCAUAGUUUUCGUUCGCAAAACUAAACCCAAAUCCUCUUCGACAGGUGCGAUAAGAACGCCGCUAGCAGCCAUGACAACGCUACCGAGGCCACACCAAGGCACGCAACAGCUUCCGCCCGGUUUUCUAGGCGGCUCACCGGCUCUUAUCGCUACGUCCGGUCCGCCCGGUUCCGGUACGGUGCAGAGCCACACCGUCACACAGCAUCAGCAACACCCGUCCCAACUGUCGACCACCUCAUCCUGUACCUCCUCCUCCUCCCAUCCAAGUCAACAGCAACAGCAUCAGCAGCAGCAACAACAACAGCAUCAUCCACAAUCCAUCCUCAAAAACAAGGAACCAACGAUCAGCGAACGGGAGGAUACCAUCGUGAUGUGUCCGCCCAAUCGGACGUACUGUUUCUAG